CCGGCCCCGGGAUGUCGCGCAAGAAGGCGGCUCGCAGCAAGGGCGGCGGUGCCGCGCCCUCGGCCGCGCUGCCUCCCGCCGCACAGGGCACCGGCCGAGCCGCCAACGCCCCCCGGGGCAGCUCAGCCGCUGCCGCCGCCGCUCCCGAGCUGCCCCGCAACGGCGGCGCGGCGGCGGCCGGGCGGCCCUCGCUGAGCAGCAGCGGGGAGUUCUACGAUCUCGCCUUCAAGGUGAUGCUGGUGGGAGACUCGGGGGUCGGUAAGACCUGCCUGCUCGUGCGCUUCAAGGACGGCGCCUUCCUCGCCGGCAGCUUCAUCUCCACGGUGGGAAUCGACUUCAGGAACAAGGUGCUGACGGUGGAUGGGGUGAAGGUGAAGCUGCAGAUCUGGGACACGGCCGGGCAGGAGCGUUUCCGCAGCGUCACCCACGCCUACUACCGGGAUGCCCACGCCCUGCUCCUGCUCUACGAUGUCACCAACAAAGCAUCCUUUGACAACAUCCAGGCUUGGCUGACAGAGAUCCACGAAUAUGCACAGCAGGAUGUGGUCCUCAUGUUACUGGGAAACAAGGUGGACUCAGCCCAGGACAGAGUGGUGAAAAGGGAAGAUGGAGAGAAGCUUGCCAAGGAGUAUGGAGUGCCCUUCAUGGAGACCAGCGCCAAGAGCGGCCUCAACGUGGAGUUAGCAUUCACAGCCAUCGCAAAGGAGCUGAAGCACAGGUCCAUGAAGCUGCCCAACGAGCCCAAAUUCAAGCUCCACGACUACGUGAAGAAGGAAGUGCGAGGCUCGGGCUGCUGCAGGUCCUAACGGGUGUUUGUACAGAGACUCAGGCCGUGGGCAGUGUGUGCAUGUCUGUCUGUCUGUCUGUCGUGUCUGUGUCUGCCCCAAGGCCAGCAGGGACCAGGGCACAGGAGCAGCAGGAAAAGCUCUCUGGAUUCUGCAGCCUUGCCACAUCCAUCGGCUCCAGCUGCCCUGGCCAGCGUUCCUGCCCAGCUCACAGGUGGGAGGGGGGGGUUUGGGAAAGGCUGGGCUCUCUGAGGCUGCUGUCACCUUUGUGAGAGCCAGGCUGUGACACGAGGGAACCAACACCUUCUCCCCACCUGGGAGGAAAAAUGUCCUCAUUGUUUUCUGGGUAGGAAAAAGUCCUGAAUUCCCUUUUUUUUCCCUGUGUACCUGGGAUUCAGCAGAGCCCUGGGGCAUGCAGAAGGGUGUUUGAAGGCAGUAAUUUCUGUAGUUGCUUUCUCCUGUCUGUCCAUCCCUGUGAGGUGGGACACGCUUCCACAGUGAGGGAUUCUCCUGCUCCCUGCAAAGGCAGAGCUUGGCUGUCCGAGUGAGCUCCUGCCCACCUGGCUGUGUACAGAGAUUCCUGAAUGUUCAUCCCUUUGGGAAAGGCUCUGCUUCUCCUCCUUCCACCCUUUCUGGUACUUUGAGAAGAAACCUAAUGUAUUGCAGCUUAUUCUAAAUACCUUCCUGUAAGUGUGAUGGUGUUUUCAGACUGCAACAACGCUUUGAUAUCUUCAAAGUUCUCUCGGGCAGCUCUUUCUUUUCACUGCAGAGAGCUGGGGGGAAGCUGCAGGCAGUGAUUUUACAGGCUGCAGACUCCUGCCAGCUCUCUUCAAGGGCCUCCUCACCCCUUUGGUCUGUGUCAGGCUUUGGGCUGUUUUUUUGUCAAGCUGCACUUCUCAGUACAAAUUUGAAUCUGGAUGAAGUGUUUGGCCUUUGGCAAUUUUUCCCUUUGAAAACUCCACGCACACAUCAGCAGGUGCCCACUGUGCUGAGCCUUGGUGGCUUCUCCAAAUGAAAUAGCAAAACUCAUCCUCUGCCCUCCAGCCAGCACCAGCUGCUGACUCAGAUGCCCUGCCCCUCUUUUUCCUGGGAUUUUGGCUCCAGCACCACCUUUCUGAUGGGCACAGGGAGCUCUGCAGCUCCCAUGUGCUCAGAGCUUCAGUGCUCAGGGAGCUACAGCAACAGCUUCACAGGAUGAAAAGGGAUCUUAAAAUGAACUUGUUUUUUGCCCUAAAUAGUAUUUUAGGGGAGAGACGAGUCUCAAAAUUGUCUGAUUUAAAUUUUAAAAUCAGCGGUGGAAAACCCAUUCCUGCAGGAAUAUUUGCAUUCCUGGCAAACCCUGCUGCCAGUCCUGCAGGAGCAGCCAGGUCAGCUCUGUGAUUGGGGACCUGUCAGGACCCCCUCACCCCAAAAUUUGGUUUUGUGGGGGACAGGACCAGCCUGGCAGCUCCACAACUGUUUCCUCAUCCUGCUCUUGGAGCAGCAGCCCCAUCCCGAGGUGACAAGGAGUCUCCCUAAAAGCAAAAUUUAGGAUUCUUAAUGGAUUAGGAUUCCUCAUGUCAGGUUGCUACCUUCCCUCUCCCUCAUGUUGGCAUCUGUGUGGGUUACCAAGCUGAGAACUGCUCAGUGUCGGUCUAAAACCAAUAAAAACUCCUUUAAAUGAGGAAAAUAGAAACGUUUCCCUUUGGAACACUCCCAGCAGAGGCCUCCCAGCCAUGUCUGUGGUUCAGACCUGAACUUGGAGCAGGCUCAGCCCCUCUCCCCCAGUGCCUGCACACUGGCCUGGCCCCAGAGCUCCUCCUCAGACAUUUGGGAUUUUUUUCCACGGGCCUUUGCUGCCACCACGCGGAAUUGCUCAGUGCAGCGUUAAUUAUUCCAGUUAAUUGCUCAGCGCACCCAGCCAUGUGCGAGGUCUCGGCCUCACCUGCAGCAUCCCAUUUCUGCUGGCUCUUGUUUACAGCUUUUGGUUCAUUCCUGUUAAUAAAAUUUUUUAAUAAUC